UGACACAGCACGAACAUGCUGGAGAGCCGAGGAUGCUGAGGCUCAUUUUAAGAGUCUUUCCGUGUGUACAAAGUCAAAGAAACUUAAAAACAGCCGCUUCAUAUCGGAGUCUCUGCUUUUCACCUUCACCGCUCUCCUUGGCUCUUUCUGCCUGUGUUUUGGGGCCAACAAUGGAGCAUAAACUCUACCGACCUCCUCCAGAGGUCCGGGGUAUGACCUGUCUGGACAAAGAGGCAUUCACACAGGCCAUCACUGUCCCAGCUCUACGGGUGCCGACAGGGGUUUUAAAUAAAGUGGUAAAGAGUUUGAGAAAGUCGACCAUCCAGCGCCCCGGGGUACCCAGAGUGGUCCAGGAUAAAGAGGAGAGUAAUGACUUUCGUUUAGUCCUGUUGGACCCCCACAGAGUGACUUCAACCAGCUCCUUCAGUGAGGCUGAGGCCGAGGCUCUGAGGUCCUUCAGUGUCUCUGAGGAGCUGCAGUACUUUGAUCUGAGGCUCACCUACGACAACCUGAAGAGUGAAGAGGUGCUGGAGGCCGUGCUUCCUCAGGGUCAGGAUGUGACCACUUCUUUUAGCCGAGUGGGACAUAUCGCACACAUGAACCUGAGGGACCACCAGCUGCCUUACAAGAACCUCAUAGGCCAAGUCAUAAUGGACAAAAAUCCCGGUGUCACCUGUGUGGUCAACAAGAUGAACAUCAUCGACUCCACGUACCGCAACUUCAAGAUGGAGGUUCUAGCUGGAGAGGAAAACAUGGUCGCAAAAGUGAAAGAAAACGGGGUGGCAUAUGAGUUUGAUUUUUCUCGUGUUUACUGGAAUCCUCGGCUGAGCACGGAGCACCAGCGUGUGGUGCAGCUUGUCAAACGUGGCGAUACCGUGUUUGAUGUGUUUGCUGGGGUCGGUCCCUUUGCCAUCCCCGCUGCCCGCUCCGGUGCCAACGUGCUGGCAAACGAUCUGAACCCAGAGUCGUACCGAUGGCUUCAGCACAACUGCAAACUCAAUAAGGUGGAAAGCAAAGUCCGAACCUUCAACCUGGAUGGCCGAGCGUUUAUCCGGGGACCGGUGAAGCAGGAGCUGCCAGCACUGCUGAAGGGAAAAGAAAGUAUCCAUGUGGUGAUGAACCUGCCUGCAUUGGCUCUAGACUUCCUGGAUGCUUUUAGAGGCUUGCUACACCAGGACUGCAUCUGUGAAGGAAGCCUACCCACAGUGCACUGCUACGGCUUCUCCAAAGAUAACGACCCCGAGACAGAUGUCGUGAAGAGGGCAUCCUGCAGCCUGGGAUAUCCCCUGGAGAAACAGUGUUCUGUACAUUUUGUGCGUAAUGUAGCCCCCAACAAGGAUAUGAUGUGUGUGACAUUCACACUUCCUAAAGAUGUCCUCUUCAGCAGUGAUCAAGAACAGACAGAGCCAUCGGAGGAACCAGCAGCAAAGAAAAAGAAAUGUGAAGAAGCUCCAGAUUCCAUGUAAAAAUCAUUUUGACCUGACAUUGAGGGAUGCAAGGAAACUUUUGAGUUUGGAUCAUUUUUGUUCAUCAAAGUAUUAGAUUAUUUUUUAUCAGAUGUCAUUGUAUCCUGUUGUGAGAAAAAAUUUAUCACAACUGUUGUUCAGAAGUGGACAUUUCAGUUAUCUCACUUUUAAAUAAAUGUAAAAUGAUAGAAA